AUGAGAAUGUGGAGGCUGUCAGUUUUGGCGUUUUGGUCAGCUUCCUUCGCGCACUCCGAAUUUCUCGCCGAGAGGCUGCAGCAGCGCCGGAUCGGGCGCAGGCAGCCGCAGCUGGACUUGAGCGAAAACUCGAUUUUGGAAAGUUUUGAAUUUCCGCCCCAGUUCAUUCAAAAGGGGGAAAGCAAGGAGACGCAAAUGCGGGAGUGCGGCGAGGGCCACAAAGGACUGCUGACAAUGGCAGUGGAUAAUUCGGAGCCGGAGGCAGCAGUGUUGGUGCAUGCGCAGUUGUCGAGAAGUUCUUUUGCAGCUUUCACUGGGGCGACACUCGAGAAAGAAUUCAAACUCAAAGAUGUUCAAAUUCCCCUCGAAACUGUCGACGACCGCUGCUUCCUCGUGAAGUUGAACAAAGACUUCGGCACUGUCUUUUGCGCCAGGGAAAAAGAAGAAGCACUUGAGCAAAGAAUGCCUGUGGCGGAGCCCAGCGGAAUAAACAUUCACUUGUAA